AUGAGGAAACUAACCUGUCUCUCUAGUACUGGAGUCACUGGCUUCGUUGGAGGUACUGCCUUUUCCAAAAUACACGAUGCCCACCCGAAUUAUGACUAUACCCUAUAUAUCCGUAGCGAAGAUCGUGCCAAGAUCAUCUCGAAGAAGUAUCCCAAUGUCAAUUCGUAUACGGCAGAAUCUGCAGACUCGCUCCCAGCGGCAAAAGCAAUUGCGAGAGGGCUUGCCUCUGGUCAUUCAAAGGAAAAACCGGGAUACUACAUCCAUCUUUCGGGAGCAGGUAUCCUGACCUGGUAUGGUCUCAAGAAUCAACGCUACGGUGAACCACCUCUACCAGAGCAGAGUUACCAUGACAUCAACGACAUUGAUCGUAUUUUAAACCUUCCUGAUGAAGCGAUCCACAAGGAUGUUGACAAUGCUGUCCAGAGUAUUGACUCAGACAUCGUCAAGUUCCUCAUUGUAUCACCCGGUUUUAUCCACGGAACUGGUCUUGGGUUGUUCAACAAGACUAGCAUGACAGUUCCAGGCUUGGCUCGAGCAACAUUUGAACUUGGCUACACACCUUUCGUUGGAGCCGGACAGGCAAAAUGGGACUACGUUCAUGUAGAGGACCUCGCAGAAUUUUUCAACAAAGCUAUCGAAGCAACCCAGGAUUCCUCCACGAGAGAAGACCCUGAAGUAUGGGGUAAGAAAGGGUACUACUUUGUCAGUGGCGGUGAACACCAAUGGAAAGACCUCGCAGCCUGGGUCGCCGACGAGGUUCAUCGUCAAGGAUAUAUACCCGAGUCUAGGACUCAGUCCGUUACAUUUGAAGAUGUGAUAAAAAAUGGGCAUAAAGCUGGAAUUGCGUGGGCCGUCAACUCGAGGGGAAAAUCGGAGAGAGCGAGGAAGUUUCUGGGAUGGGAGCCCCAAGCCCCGUCUCUCAAAGACACAGUUUCUGAUUCUGUGACUUGGGAGGCUGAGAUUCUCGAUCUGAAGCCUAAGUACAAAUGA